AAAGUCUAAACACUUGAAGCUAGUUCCAUAAACUUGAUCAAAACGUCAAAACCCUAGCUUCCCUCAAUCGUUCUUACUGUUGACUCUCUGUAUAAUCGAACGAGAAGACGUUCUGUUUUAAUUUGUGCUGUUUCUCUGUCGGGUUUUCCUCAAGUUUGUAAGAAUGGUUACAGAAAACAAACUGAGGAUACAGGUUGGCUCUGAAGCCAAUCGAUCGAGGAAGAAGCGUGGAGCCAAAGAGGUAGAAGAGGUUAAUGUUGAUCAGACAAAUACGAAGAAGAAGCAAAAGCUGGAUCGUGAGUUGUCCUUGUGUAGUCAGUGUCAUGAUGUACUAAAAUCGUUGAAAGUGGAAUGGUUUGGUUGGCGUUUUGAGAAGCUCGUCACGGACGAUCCUGAUUAUUUCUCUGCUCUUUCAAAGCCAAUGGAUUUCGUCACAAUCAAAUCCAAACUCGACAAGAAUCUCUACGUAAAUACUGUACGAGAGUUUCCGGAAGAUGUUCGAUUAGUCUUCGCCAACGCGGUUCGCUAUUAUCCUCCUGAGAAUAUGCUUCACAAGAACGCUAAGAGGCUUAAGAAGAUUUUUGAGAUCAGAUGGGAAUCCGUAAAGAAGAAGUUAGCUUCUGAAGUUUCCAGGAUUGAACAAAAGGAUAAUCUUGAGAGCAAAUCAGAUCAAGGUUCAAAAGGGUUUGCUAUGACAAUGCCUUUAUCUCCUAAGAAAGCUCUUCGUGCGGCAACAAUCAGGAUUCGAUUUUCAGAUGCUAUCGUGAAAGCCAGAUAUAGUAAGCUCAUUGACGAGAGUAGUAACAAGGCUGAUGUGAUGAUGAGAAUGAAGAAAGAAAAGCAACUUUUAGAAAGAAGGGAACGUCAAGUGAAAGCUACAAUUGAAGCUGAGACUAGUGCCGCCAGGUUGAAAGCAGUACGCGAGGAACGGCUUGCACGAGAGAAGUUGGAAGAAGAAGCCAAAUCCAAUUUCGAAGAUCACUUGGAAACUGAGAAGGAGAUAGUGAAACUCUGUGGUGGAUCCUAUCUGGCAAGAACUCGGUGUCUUAAAGAACUUGGUCUAGUUUUAAGAAUUGAUUAUUGGCCGGAACUGGAAGAGAUUAAGGAGGAAGGAGAGAUCUAGUCAAGUUUCUAUUCAGCAUUAGAAGAAUCAUGUUGGCCAAUUGCUCUAGCAGUUUCAGUUCCUUGCUUUGCAAGUUUCUCUUCAGCUCGCUAUUUAUUGGUUUGUUUUUAGUUUAACUUUUGUUACAGUCUUUUUGUUUUUGUUGAUUUAAGUAAAACUAUGUUCUAUCA